ACUGAAACGCUAGCUAACUGCCGUUAUGGUCACCGGGCCCUGGAGGCUGUCUGUUGGUUUUACCAUGAGAUUAACGGUGAGCGCGCAGCACGCCCCCGCCACCCCCGCUGUCGUCCAUCCAUCCUCGGGGAAAGUGAACAUGACGGCCCGGUCCCUCUCCGGAGCCCUGAAGCUCGUAUUCAACAACCGGUUAACCAGGGUUUAUGGAGCAGCUACAUGUAAUCAGAGACACAAGUCCACUUACACAACCAUACCUCCACCUGCCCGCUACGGAGGCAGACACACUGUGACUCUGAUUCCCGGAGAUGGCAUCGGACCAGAGCUGGCCAACCACGUCUGUGAACUAUUCCGGUUCUGCUGUGUCCCAGUGGACUUUGAGGUUGUCAAUGUGGACUCAACUAAGGCCUCAGAAGAUGACAUUGAUAAUGCCAUCAUGGCUAUCAGACGUAAUGGAGUUGCACUAAAAGGGAACAUUGAGACGAACCACAACCUUCCACCAUCCUACAAGUCCAGAAACAACCUGCUCCGCACCACUCUGGAUCUCUAUGCCAACGUGAUGCACUGCCAGUCUCUACCAGGAGUGAGAACGCGCCACAGAAACAUCGACAUCAUGAUCAUCAGGGAGAACACGGAGGGGGAGUACAGCAGCCUGGAGCACGAGAACGUACCGGGUGUUGUUGAAUGUCUGAAGAUCAUCACCAGGACCAAAUCUUUACGCAUCGCUGACUACGCGUUCAGAAUGGCUCGGGCCAAAGGACGCGGACGAGUCACGGCUGUACAUAAAGCGAACAUCAUGAAGCUGGGUGACGGCCUCUUCCUGGAGUGCUGUAAGGAAGUAGCCAGCGGUUACCCUGAAAUCACUUUCGACAGCAUGAUUGUGGACAACACCACCAUGCAGCUGGUUUCCAGGCCCCAGCAGUUCGAUGUGAUGGUCAUGCCGAACUUGUACGGAAACGUCGUGAGCAACGUGUGUGCCGGGCUCGUCGGUGGACCGGGCCUGGUGCCUGGAGCCAACUACGGAGAGGACUACGCCGUGUUUGAGACGGGCACCAGGAAUACCGGGAGGAGCAUCGCUAACCGCAACACGGCGAACCCCACGGCGAUGCUGCUGGCCUCCUGCCUGCUGCUGGAUCACCUGAAGCUGCACGCCUACGCCAGCAUGAUCCGCAGAGCCGUCCUCUCCACGGUCACUGAGGCCCGGCUGCACACUGCUGACCUGGGAGGACAAGGCUCCACCUCUGAAGUGGUCCAGUCUGUCAUGAAUGCCGUGCAGAGCACCGGGCCACGGACUCUGAGCAUCUAGAACAAACACACAGCAACAGGGCAGAGUGUGAGUGCAUGAGUGUGCCUCUCAGGAGGUCAUAUAUGCAAUUUCAUGAUAAACAUAGUGAGUUGUGUGAUAGUAGAAACGAAACUCUACAUACAGUCUAUGCAAUACUUUAACUAACCAAAGGGUGUUUUCUCACCUCUCGACUUUGUUUGCACCUUUAAUUUACCUGAACCAACCAUCAAA